GCGUACGGAACGGGCCGCCUGUACGGCCUGUACACCUAAGGCAGGGCCGCAGGGCGUCGGGCAAGGCCGCAGGCGCAGUUGUGUGCGGGGUGUGUGCAAUGGCACCCAGGAAAGGGAGGGGAGAGCAGCAGUUUGUCCCAGUCAGUAAGGACGAACAGAGGCAGGCAGAGCUAAAGUUCUGCGGAUUCAAGUGGAUCACGAAGGGGCAAACACUGUCGAACUCCAAUGGGAAUUUUCUCAUGGAGUGCGAAUUGUGCGGCCGGGGGUUUCAGGGCAGUCAAUCGAAGGCCGCACAACACUUUACAAUAAAGAACAACUGUUCUAAAGUCACCGCGGAGCAACUCGCGAAGAUUUGGAACAAGACAAACUACUCGUUCGAUCACAGCCACCAUCGGAAGAUCCUCGACUUCCUCAGGUCUCGUGGGUUUCGAGACAAUAGAAAUACUUCGAGGAGGGAGCAGGCGGGGGAGGAGGAGUACAACGACAGCGAGGACGAGAGGAGGGCGGCUGAGGGGGGAGGUGACGAUAGUGACAGCGAUUCACAAGACAUGGAGGUGCGGCGAGAGGCGGAGCGUGGCAGGGGUAAGAUGAGGGGGGACAAGGCCGUUGACGAGGACAGCACCCCGGACGAGCAUGACGACGACGACGAUGACGACGACGAUGAGGGCGCAGACAUUGGGGCGUCUCUUGAUGGGGGUCUGAUGGCCGCUGGCCGUCGAGGCCAAGAGGGGGCUGCCAAAGCGAUGAAGGAGGCCGCACAAUCGAAGAAGAGAAAGAGGAAGGCAACGACACCAGCUCCUCCUCUUCCGAAGAAGGGCAAAGUCCGUCGACAGACAUCCAUGAUGGAGACCUUCGAUCCGGUGUGGCAACAAGAGUUUUCGAAAGAGUUCCUGCAGUGGUGGUACGUGUACGGCAUUCCAUUCGAGGCGGCGAGGAGGCCGGAGUACCAGCGAGUGAGGAAGCGGUUGCUCGAGUGUCCGCCGUAUACACAUCCUGCGUUGCCCACGCACCGUGUCAUUUCCGGCGACCGCAUCCUAGAGCAGCAGCGAGUUGUGGCGGAGAUGGUGGUGGCCGUCCGCAAGGAUAUUGCGCUGCUGCGACGUUUGGACAGAGGGGGGCGCGUGAUGACUCGCAUGUGGUCGUGGGCGCUUGCCAUGGUCGACAGAGUGGCGAGGGCGAGACUGAAUAGGACGUCGAGGGAGGAGCUCAACAUCGUUGUUCAGGCUUGUCAGGCGCAGGUCGAUCAUAUGUUGGAGCCCGCACAUUGCAUGGCCCACCUCCUCAACCCUCGCUACAUGAGCAUUACGUAUUUUGGAGCGGCGAGGCGCAGCGAGCACGACAAGACACUCGCGGAGCAGUCGCUGCGAUACCUUCGCCAGCAGACUGGCGGAGAUGAGGAGUUGUAUCAGACAUUGCGCACGCAGUUGGCGGAGUUUCUGAGCCGGGAGGGUGAUUGGACGUAUGGAGGGGUUGAGGGUGACAGGGAGGCGGCCUCCUGCAAAGGGGAGAAGGAGACGUCGCAGGUGGGGCAGUGGGGUUCAGGGUACGUUUUGCCAUGGGAGGAUGCUGAGGAGGAGACAGAGGACAGUAUUCCUCCACCUCGUGACGAGGGUUUUCGGCCAGCUGACCGAGUCACGGAGGCGCUGCGCGAGCGGCAGGUGCAGCGCGGGCGGAAGGAUCACCUUUCGAAGGCUCCGCCCAACGUCGAGACGUAUUUCGGUCGUCACGUCACAGUGCUCAUGCCGACUGAGUUGGACGUCGUGUACGAUCCGGAGCCUGAUCCUAUGGCUCAGGACCCGAUUAAGGCGGAGCCGUGGUCCGAUCCAGACGACCUGGCAGUGGAGUCAGAGCCGGGAGAUUUUGAUGAUGGGGGCGAUAAUGUUCCUCUCGCCAAGAUGUUGCGUCCUCGAACGCCAUCCCCCUCCACCUAUAGAUCGUCCAGGACAUGGCGAGCAGGGACUGGGGAGAUUGUUGAGGAGGGACGCGACGACAACGACGAUGUCAAAGAGGGGUACGAGGGCAGCAGUGAGGACGAGGGCGGCGAUGGUACACAGGCUGCAGGUGGUUUGCGGAGGUCGGGUCGACAGCGUGCCGACCGAUGCAGUGGUGCAGGCAGGGGAGGCAGGGGUGCAGGCAGGGGCAUGGGGGGCGCACGAGACACGGGGGCUGCAGGCCGUGGUGGCGGAGGACGGGCGAGGCGAGAGUCUGCUUCGUCCACUCGCACUGUGCACUUGGUCGAUGAGGGUGCCGCGACAGCAAAGGUUGGCGUCGUGUCGGCAAAGUUUGGUGGUGCUGCGUCGGCACAGGCCGUUCCAGAGGCCGCUCCCUCCACUGCACAUUUCGCAGCGCCGUCUGAGGAGGUAGCAGGUGGGUUUGCAGAGGUUGCUAACGAGGCUGCACAGGUUGGGAGCGCCUUUGCGCAGUUGGGUGGCAGUUUCAAUGGUAUAUUGGAUGUUUCGUUAGGGUUUCCUCCGACACCGGCAGGCGAGCAUGGCAGUGGUGAUGCGGACGCAGCGGCUACGCCCGUCAGUCAGAUACUCCGGGAUAUACCUUCAUGCAGCAUGGGUGACAUCACUAGCAGCAUGUUGCAGGAGGCAGCAGCGGGGACACAGGGUUCGUCGGGGCAGGAGGAGUGUGCAGCAGGGGAUGGUAGGGAUUGUCGACCUGUGCAGGAGCGAGCGCCAGAGUCGGAGAAGGACAGGAUCGACCGCGAGGAGAGGGAGAGGGCGCAGGACUUGGCUAGCCGUUGCGAGAUGAUACAGAGUAUUGCGUCGAGGGCACGGGCAGAGCGGAUGCUCGAGACGGGCAGUGGUGAGGGUCAUCAUGCGAUGGACGAUGCAGUGCUUGAGUGUGGCAAUGCAGGCGGUGGGGAUGCAGGCGAGAGACCCGCGUCACUGGUUCAGGGUGUUUGUAUAUUGCCUAUCGGUGGAGCCAUGACGGCGGGGGAGUUGGAGCGGCAGGCAUGGGAGGACCCAUUGCAUGCAGAUCGACGCGGACGGAUGGAUGAGGCGUCGAGGAGGGUCAUGGCAGAGGGCCCAGCCUACGUGCCGCGCAGCCCGUCACUGCCAUCGUCCACCACUGGUGCCACCACCUCCGUACAUCCUGAGGGUGCCACUACUGCACCGGCACCUGCAGAGUCUCCUUCUCCCAAAUCAGGGAAGAAGAAGAUGAAAGCAGACAAGAGUCUCAGUACUGUGAGGAGGGUGACGCAUGCGAUGCGGGAGAGUCAGCCCGGGUUGGCCGGUUUACAUCCGCGGACUCGGGAGGCAUUGGCCCGGGACGUUGUCGCGGACACAGUAGGUUGGCGGGAGAGGGUCUCCACCUGGGCGACGGAGCAGCCCAUGAAAGCACCUGCUGCGGCGGUGAUGCCACGUACUGAGGGGUGCAUACCAGGUAGGGAGGAGGAGGCGGAGCAUAGUGGCCCGCCCAGGAGGAGCAUGGCCGGACGUAUAUUGGGGGAGGAUGUGAGGACGGUGCCUGCACAGCGACCGUCACAGACAGCAUGCAUUUUGGAGUCUGGUACCGAUGAUUUGGAGAUGCCUCUUGGCCAGCGGAGGAGGGCUUCCGUGUACGACCUUCUUCGAGCACAGCACGGGGUUGAGGCGGCGCCACAGGGGGGGGGGUUCAUGCUCCGGGUACUGCGCACAGGCCGCGCGCGAAUUGGUGAGAUUGGCGAGAUUGUCAAGCUGAGUCCCCAGCAGAAGGUUGACUACUUGGCGAAAAUGAUGCAGCUCAAUGUACGACGAACAUUUCUGGGAGAUUACGACUGGGGCUUCCUGUGUAUGCCUCGUCUGCCAUGGAGAAGGUCGAACGGCUUGCCUCCGUUUCUUGGGAAAGACGACAAAGUGUCCAUCCUCAUCGCCAUCGUCAUGGGACUUCAGCAUUCGCUUGCCAUGGUUGGUGGCAUUAUUACUGUCCCUUUGAUGCUGACAGAUCCUGCGGAAGGAAACUUCUCCCUGUCGGAGCGGAACUACCUGAUUUCAGCAGCCCUGAUUGUUUCGGGGUUGGUGUCAUUUGUUCAAGUGUACCAGGCGAAGAUUCCUAGAACAAAGUACGUGCUGGGCUCAGGACUGCUCUCCGUAAUGGGUGUUAGCGUCACUUUUCUGCCUAUCGCCCAGCAGUCCAUGUCGAUGCUGAGGUCAUGCUUCUGCAAUGGGGUUCCUUGCAUUGUGGGUCAGACUUGCAAAGACUGCCCUGUAGAGGCAACUGGUCACUGCAGAAGCGCUCAAGAUGCAUAUGGAGAGAUUCUUGGAACGGUCCUGGUUGGCUGCUGGUUGGAGGUGAUUUUGUCUUUCUGUCCACCAAGGGUUCUUCGCCGGAUCUUCCCUCCAGUAGUGACCGGAGUUGUGGUUGUUCUAAUAGGGACCUCGUUAGUUGCAGUUGGAUUUAAGUACUGGGGUGGUGGUGUGGAUUGUGCUGACAACGUGCUCACGAUGAAGAGUGAGUGCCGCGGAAAUGGGAAUUCCAACCUAGCAUUUGGCAGUUGGGAGUACAUUGGCUUGGGUCUCUGUGUCUUUGGCACUCUUCUACUUAUUGAGCUCUUCGGGUCACCCUUCAUGCGGAACACACAGGUGUUCCUCGGGUUGUUGAUUGGGAUGAUCGUGGCCUCCAGCGUCCAUGUGUACCGAUGUGUGGAGGAAUGCGCACCCAAGUGUCGCCGUGACUGCUAUAGUGUCCUCCCUCCUGGUGUUGUUUACAAUUCUGCUACUCAAGGACUUGAAGGCCUUCCAAGAAAUUCAACAACAUUCCCAAGCCUGAUCUGUCAAAAUACCUGUGGAGAGCCCCAGUGCAAUAUCAGCUGUGAGUCACGAAGAUAUGUGACUUCUCAGGGGAUCGUCACAGCAAAUUGGUUCACAUUUCUAUGGGUCAAGCGCUUCAAACUUGGGUUCUACCCACCAGCACUGAUCCCAAUUUCCUUCGCAUUUAUUAUUACGAUGAUGGAAUGCAUUGGGGACAUCACUGCCACUACUGAGGCAUCAGGUCUUGAAACAACUGGUUCAGUGUAUGAGGAGUCUCUUCAGGGAGGAAUUCUGGCGGAUGGUCUGAGCAGUUUCUUCUCAGCACUUGCCACAACCUUACCAGUCACCACAUUUGCUCAGAACAAUGGUGUGAUAACGUUUACGAGAUGUGCAUCAAGGCGAGCUGGUUAUGCAUGUGCAAUAUCCCUCAUAAUUCUGGGAACAAUCUCCAAGUUUGCAGCCACCCUGCUGGCGAUACCCAACUGUGUUCUCGGCGGAAUGACAACAUUUCUCUUCAUGAAUGUCGUGACAUCCGGAUUCAAUGUUCUUGCUUCAGAAGGAGAGAAGGAGAAGAGCACACGGAAAAGGAGAAGAGAAUUGAAAGCGGGAGUUCAAAUUGCAUGGAAGAUGGCACCAAUCGAGAGUCGAGGAGGUUCACAAGAGGAGAAAGACGAGGAAGAGAAGGAAGAAGAGGACGAAGAGGAUGAAGAGGACGAAGAGGAGAGGAGGAGAACGGCAAUGAUGACUACGCUCUUCAUGAAUGUCGUGACAUCCGGAUUCAAUGUUCUUGCUUCAGAAGGAGAGAAGGAGAAGAGCACACGGAAAAGGAGAAGAGAAUUGAAAGCGGGAGUUCAAAUUGCAUGGAAGAUGGCACCAAUCGAGAGUCGAGGAGGUUCACAAGAGGAGAAAGACGAGGAAGAGAAGGAAGAAGAGGACGAAGAGGAUGAAGAGGACGAAGAGGAGAGGAGGAGAACGGCAAUGAUGACUACGGUAGUGAGCACGAGGACGAGGACGACGAUGAGGAUGAGGAUGACGAUGAAGACGAGGACAUGACGAAGAUGAAAUCAAGGAAAAACAAAGGGAGGAGGUUGACAUGAGGAGAAAGAGGAGGAAGAGGAGGAGGAGAGGAGGAGGAGAGGAGGAGGAGAGGAGGAAGAGGAGGAAGAGGAGACGAGGCUAAGGACGAGGAUGACUACGAGAUUGAGGACGAGGAUGAGGACGUGGAUGAGGAUGAGGAAGAAACCAAGGAAGAAGAAAGGGAGGAAGACGAGGAAGAAGGAGAGGGAAGGGAGGAACACACAGAGAAGACCGAUGACAAGAAGAAAGAAGGAUAAAAGACACUUAGAAGA